UGUGGCUGUAAUGCAGCCACCUCUCUCCUCAACCUACCACAGCGAACUGCCACUGUGGGUGAAUUUCUCACCGGCCGAUCACAAAUCAAACGUCUACAUACCGACUUUUUCUUUUGGGUGUGGAUUUGCGUAGGGCCCAGCAUCCAUCCUUGAUCGACUGCCAUCGUACUUUCACAGCAUAUGCGCCUUUUUGGGCCCGAUUCCCAAACCCGUCUCCACCUUCUCCCCAUUUUCAUCCGCCCUCCCUCCGGCAGCAGCAACAGCAGCAGCAGCAGCUCUUCCAUGGCCGACAGCUUCCAUUGCCAUCCAUGACAGCAAUGGUAAAACCCCUCUCCUCCUCUCUCAUAAAAAACCCACCUCACAUCUCUCUAUUGGCGUCCCUCCAUCUCCUCAGAUUCUGCUCAAACCCGUCUACGCCGUUGGUCUCAGCGGUCGCUGCAAUCUGCGACAUCCUCCACACUGAUCCCCGAUGGCAGCACAACCCUAACUUCAAAUCACUGGCCCCACACCUCACCCCCCACCAAAUCACCCAAGUCAUUGAAUCCCACCCUAACCCGAACUCAGCGCUCCAUUUCUUCAACUGGGUCUCUCAGAGGCAUUUCGACAAACACCUCAUUGACACGUUCUUCGCGCUCUUGAACAAGCUCGUGCAGCACCGGAUGUUUGGCCCUGCGGACCGCGUCCGUAUCCUGUUGAUCAAGGCUUGCCGGAAUGAGGAAGAGCUCUCGAGAUCAAUGGGGUUCCUGGACAGGAUCAGCGUUGGCGGGUUCAGCUUCUCUUUGUUCAGCUACAACACACUUUUAACCAAAUUGGGUAAGUUUGAUAUGGUUGAAACUGCACAAAGUGUUUAUAAACAGAUGAUGGGGAGCGGAGUAAUUCCGAGCCUUGUGACGUUCAAUGCUUUAAUUAAUAUAUUAUGUAGGAAUGGGAGGGUUAAAGAGGCCAAGCUGGUUUUGAGUCGGAUUUUCCAAUAUGAAUUGAGGCCGGACGUGGUCACAUACACGUCAUUUAUUCUUGGAUACUGUAGGAAUCAUGAUUUGGAUUUGGCAUUUCAAGUUUUUGAUAGAAUGGUUAAAGAGGGAUGUGCUCCCAAUUCUGUGACCUAUACUACUUUGAUCAACGGACUUUGUAAUGAGGGGCGGGUGGACGAGGCAUUGGGGCUUCUUAAAGAGAUGGUGGAGAAUGGCGUGGAGCCCACGGUGUAUACAUAUACUGUUCCGGUCACUUCCCUUUGUGGGUGUGGCAGGAUCAAGGAUGCAUGUGAUCUAGUUGUUGAUAUGAGGAAGAGGGGGUGUCGUCCAAAUGUACAUACUUAUACGGCGUUGAUCAGCGGAUUGUUUCGUGCGGACCAAUUCGAGAUCUCCAUUGGAUUAUUUCACAAGAUAUUGAGGGAUGGGUUGGUCCCUAAUACAGUGACGUACAAUGCAUUAAUAAAUGGGUUAUGUUCGAACCAAAAAAUUGAGUCUGCCUUAAAGGUGUUCGGUCAAAUGGGGAGGAAGGGUUGCUUGCCUAAUGUUAAAACUUACAAUGAGAUGAUUAAUGGGUUUUGCAUGACUGCUAAGAUUGAAAAAGCGAUGGUUCUUUUCAAUGGAAUGCUAAAGAUGGGCCCGCCGCCAAAUCGGAUAACGUACAACACACUGAUCAAUGGGUAUUGUAAAUGUGGCUACCUUAGCAAUGCUAUGAGAUUAUUGGAUUUCAUGAAAGGGAAUGGAUGCGAACCAGAUGAAUGGACGUACACUGAACUUAUAUGUGGUUUCUGCAAAGUGGGUAAACUUGAAUUGGCGUCUAAAGUGUUUGAUGAAAUGGGGGAACACAGUUUGAGCGCGAAUGAGGUCACGUACACUGCAUUGAUUGACGGUCACUGUAAGUCCGGGAAGGUAGACGUUGCAUUGUCAUUAUUGGAGAGGAUGGAGGAAAUGGGCCGCAAACUGGACAUGCAGACGUACAAUGUUGUCAUCAAUGGUUUUUGCAAGGAGAAUAGGUUGUCGGAAGCGGAGAAGCUCCUUGAGACGAUGAUUGAGCGGGGUUUGCUGCCGAACGUUGUGACGUACACGUCAUUGGUUGAUGGGCUGUGCAAGAACGGGGCGGUCCACCUUGCAUUUAGAGUUGUCGAUGAGAUGGUGAAGCAGGACUGCAUGCCGAACCUCCACACGUACAGCGUGCUGGUUUACGGGCUAUGUCAAGAAGGUAAGGCUGAGGAAGCGGAGGCGUUGAUUGGAGAAAUGGAGGCAAAAGGAUUAGUUCUUGAUGAGGUAACAUAUACGUCGAUAAUCGACGGGUUUGUUAUGUUGGGUAGGCUAGAUCAUGCCUUUUCGCUUUUGAAGCGGAUGGUGAGUGCGGGUUGCAAGCCCAACUACCGAACUUUUGGCGUGUUGAUGAAAGGGUUGCAAAAAGAACGCCAAGAGCUCAAAGAAAAACGUGUGGGCUUGCAUGAAGGAAUCUAUAAUUGCGGUUCGGAUGACAAGGAUGCACACUUUGAUACAGCUUCCGAUCUUUUAGUCAGAUUGUCAGAGAAUGGAUGUGAUCCUACUUUUGAUACUUACAGUAUUCUAGUAUGUGGGCUAUGUAGAGAAGGACGUGCAUAUGAGGCUGAUCAGUUGGUUAGAAGCAUGGCGGAAAAGGGCAUGUGCCCAGAUGCAGAAAUGUGUAGUGCGUUGGUAGUUGCAUACUGUAAGCAGUCCAGAGUUGAUGCUGCCGUAGAAGUCUUCAAUAAGAUGGAUGUUGGAGGCUUCGAACCUCGCCUAGGUAUUUACAAAGCAUUGAUAUGUGCUCUAUGCAAGAUAAGCAGGAUAAAAGAAGCUGAAGCUUUGUUUGAGAGAAUGCUUCAGCAGAACCGGAAUCCGGAUGAGGUUGUUUGGACAGUGCUCAUUGAUGGGCUACUGAAGGAAGGAGAUUCGAAGUUAUGCAUGAACUUUCUACAUGUCAUGGAAGCAAGGGAUUGUGCUAUCAGCUUCCAGACCUAUGUGAUUUUGGCAAGAGAACUGUCCAAGGAAGAUAAAUCUAUUGAUACAGACUGGAUUGCUGAUAAGUUGAGAGUCUGAGGGAUGUCUUGUUGGUUACGGCAUUUGAAAUUCAGCAUCUGUUGGAAUGAUGGAUGAUUGCCUAUUAGCAAUCACUGUUCCUCAGUCAAUGCGGGCCACAUCUUUUCAGCUCGUGAGUCAGGAGAUUUCAACUGAAUAUUGGUGGCAAUCAGCUCUCGAUUGCAUCGAGUAAUAAAUGUGCAUGAGACAUGCUGUACAUUUUUGAACUUGGGGUUCUGGAAUGGCUUUCUGGUGUUUAAAAUGAAGACUACAAGAAUUUUCAGGAUUUUCUUGGACAAAUGGGAAGGACAUGCUUGAAUGGCUGGCUGCACAAAAUAGCGACAAGCACAUUGGAUCAUUUUUCCUUGAACACCACUCAAGCCUCAAAUUGGCAUCCCUCCUGAAGGCCAACAUGAUAGGGUUGAAAUCCUAACGGACUAACUUGCAUCGAGUGAUGAAGUCAAUGCAGCAGAGCAACUUCUUCCACUCAACUGUUUACACCAUAAAAAGGCAAUUUUUAGGUAACAUACAGCACUGAUUCAUUUUUCUGUUAACAUACAACACUCAAUCAUUCUGUUGUAUAUUCCAUAAAUUGAUAUAUAUAUAUUUUGGGCCACCAAUAACAUUCAAUCAAAUGGUUGUUUCGAAUACACUGAAAUGUACUGAUUUUGAGAUUUCUAAAUCCAAACUUGCAUCUCUAACCUUGGAUUUGGAACUGAAUAAUAAUAAUAAUAAAGGUUGCAGUU